AUGCCAGUCUGUGUUCAUAAAGGAUGCGAGCAAACUUAUAAUGAGGAGGAGAAUAAUGAUGAAGCAUGCCUUUAUCAUCCGAAACCUCCGAUUUUUCAUGAAGGAUUAAAGGGAUGGCAAUGUUGUAAACGCAGGGUUACCACAUUUGAAGAAUUUCAGAAUAUUCCGGGUUGUACUCGAGGUCGACAUUCUUCUGAAGUUCAAAAACCCCCAGAAACCGUAACGAACAAGAGCACAGAUCGAGACAUCGUUGCUCCUUCAAAUGCCCCGAAGGUCACCAGCGUUGAUGAAAAUGGCGUGGAAGUAUAUGGUACCGGCGCAAAAUACACACCACCAACAUCCACCUCAAUUCUGCCGCCUUCCGCAGCGGAAAAACCUGUACAACCGGUUGAAGAUCCUGAAGAUGAUCUUAGCAUUCCGGUCGCUCCUGGAACAAAGUGCAAAAGAAAAGCUUGCGAUGAGUCAUACGUGGACGAAGCAACUAACCGCGGCGAAGGCCCCAAGGCCAGAUGUAUAUAUCAUCCCGGGGUUCCGAUCUUUCACGAGGGUAGCAAAGGUUGGAGCUGCUGCUCUCGGAAAGUUUUGGAAUUCGAGGAGUUCCUAAAAAUCAAAGGUUGCAAGUCGGGGAAUCACCUAUUUGUUGGACCCAGUCAAAAUCAGGUUCGAUCAAUCAUAUUACAGACGUACAAAUAUUACCGGUUUUUGGAAAUUGAAGAGAUCGUAACGUGCCGGCACGACUGGUACCAGACUCCGGCCCAUGUCAUUAUGUCCAUAUUUCUAAAGAAGACUGAUAAACAAGUUUCCACUGUUGUCUUCAAGGAAAAGGAGUUGGUGGUUGACCUCAAGGCUACCGACGGUAAAAGAUUUGUGGAAACCUUUUCACUCUAUCAACCAAUUGACCCAGAAAACUCCAAAUAUGAGUUCCUUUCUACUAAAGUUGAGAUUAAAUUAAAAAAGGCUAAUGGCAUCUCGUGGCCGUCAUUAAGAUCUGGCGAGAACUACGGAUCCACAACUACUUUUGGAGUCCAAGGGGGUAAUGCUACAGUCGGUGGAAAGGAUUACACUCUUGCCACAGAUUCCCCAUUGUAUGCAAAUAAGCAAUAG